CCUGCUCAGCACACCGGUUGCCAAAAUGCUAUUGCAUGUGUGCCGGUGUGCUGUGGUUGGCAUUUUUUAAAGACUCCAUAAUGGUGGUGAAUUUACUACAUUUUGUUUCUUUUUUUGUCCUAAUAAAAUAACGUUGCAAACGAAAAUGCUUGACAUUGCACGCAUGGCAAGGAGCAGGAGGCUGGAGUGUCUAAAGGAGGUGGUGGGGUUUGUUUACAUUAUGUACGAGAAACGUCAAACGGGCUGCGAUUGCACUGGUUUACCUCAUCGUUGCGGGAAGCGAACGCGCACAAUAAUGUCGACGGUGGCCAAAUUAACUUUCCUUUCCGCCUGUAUCGCGAGUGGCAGUUUAAUCGCUUACGUCCACUACAGUCAAGCCGCUGACCGUGAACGGUUGCACGAAGGAGUACGACGAGAUGUGGAACGGCAACGGCUGAAGCAUCUAUCCGCAACUGGUGCAGGAAAUGAUAUUGUCCCCGUUGAAGGACCGCCGGCCACAAGUCGUGCCGGAUCGCAGCUGCAGAGUUGAAUUGUACAGCACAGAGUUUCGUCGAGGUGGACGGAUGAUAGUAUAGCAAUAAAAGUGUAGUCCAUUUCUUUUUUUUUUAA